GUAAACGUUUGCAGUGUAAACUUCAACAGCGGUGAAUGGGAGAUAACAGCAAAUAUUAUUUUCUCUCACCCAUUUGCUCCGAGACCAAAAAUAAAAAAUCUACUAUUACGUUUGAAUGACUUUCCAGAAGAUAAAAAAUUAGAGAGCGGUGGAUUAAGACCCUAAAAUUGGAGAAGAUGCCAAAUUUACUGUCACUCUCUCUGCAGCUGUAAUAGAAACCCCCUCGCAGCUGUGGAGACCCGGUCAGGUCAGUGUAUUUCGUGUAAACGGCUCUUUCCGGGGACAAUGGGCUGAGUGAUGCUCUGUUUUGCGCCUGUAUCUGCCGCAUGAAGCCCCGUUGACUCUGAGCGCGUGUAGGUGGAUGAUUUCAGCGUGAUUUUUGUAGAGAUGUCUGCCGCAGAAGGAGCGCACAGCCCGGACAGACUCAAUCAGUUUGAGCGGCUGUCUGGAAGGCCUCCGCUGAGAGCUGCAGGCUCUAAGAAGAGAGUUUGCUGGCUACAAGCUCGAAGAAUCCUCGGCCAACCCUGUCCCAGUCUUCGGAUCCCUAACAGGUUUUUAAGAGAAGGCUCUAAGAAGAGAGUUUGCUGGCUACAAGCUCGAAGAAUCCUCGGCCAACCCUGUCCCAGUCUUCGGAUCCCUAACAGGUUUUUAAGAGAAGUUCAUCACUGCGAUUUCUCACUCAGGUGCAGCGUCUGGGUUCCAAGGCAAAUUCUGUGCCAGGAAAUUUGCAAGGGUCAUAGAGCCCCUCCGGCCCGGAGCGGCCAUCGCUGUGUGGCUGACAACACCAAUCUCUAUGUGUUUGGAGGGUACAACCCUGACUACGAUGAAUCAGGUGGCUCAGAGAAUGAAGACUAUCCACUGUUCAGGGAGCUGUGGAGGUUCCACUUUGCUACUGGGACUUGGCAACAAAUCCGCACAGAGGGCUUCAUGCCCACCGAGCUGGCCUCAAUGUCUGCUGUUUUGCAUGGAAACAACCUGCUUGUGUUUGGCGGUACUGGAAUCCCGUUCGGUGAGAACAAUGGAAAUGACGUUCAUGUCUGCAAUGUUAAAUACAAACGAUGGUCCCUCCUCAACUGCAGGGGCAAGAAACCUAAUCGAAUAUAUGGACAGGCGAUGGCCAUAAUCAAUGGCUUCUUGUACGUAUUUGGAGGUACAACAGGUUACAUCUACAGCACUGAUCUCCACAGGCUGGAUCUGACAACACGAGAGUGGAUUCACUUGAAACCCAACAACCCUCCAGAUGACCUACCCGAGGAGCGAUACAGACAUGAGAUAGCCCAUGAUGGACAGAGAAUAUACAUCCUUGGAGGGGGAACCUCCUGGACUUCCUACCCAUUAGACAAGAUACAUGCUUAUAACCUUGAAACAAAUUCCUGGGAAGAAAUCACAACAAAGCCUCACGAAAGAAUAGGAUUUCCAGCCCCUCGUAGAUGUCAUAGUUGUGUGCAGAUUAAAAAUAAUGUAUUUAUAUGUGGAGGAUACAAUGGUGAAGUAAUACUGGAUGAUCUGUGGAAGAUCAACCUGCAGACAUUCCAGUGGAAUAAACUACCUGCAGUGAUGCCUGAACCUGCCUACUUCCACUGUGCUGCUGUUACCCCGGCUGGUUGCAUGUACAUCCACGGUGGCGUGGUGAACAUCCAUGAGAAUAAGCGGACUGGUUCCUUGUUUAAGAUCUGGCUGGUGGUGCCCAGUCUGCUGGAGCUGUGCUGGGAGCGUCUGCUCAAAGCCUUCCCACACCUGGCCCAACUCACCCCGAUACAGCUGCUAAACUUAGGCCUUACCCAGGAACUCAUUGAACGUUUGAAAUGAAGACAAGGGUCUGCGAGUGCUUGUGUAUAUCCUUUUUUUUUUUUUUUUUUUUUUUUUUUUUGGUGGAGCUGAUGGUGGACAGUAUGACACUUGAGCCAACAUGCAGACAGAAAUAACAUGAUGGAUUCUAUGGAAGCCCAUCAACACAGCCCGCCUUAAAACCAAAAACUAUGCCUUUUGGGGGUUUUUUCACGAAUGCAUCAUUUUAAUGAUUUCAAAAAUAUAAAACAUUAAUAUCCAAUAGAGAGAAGGUUCUUUUCUCAAACACUAUGGGUCAGUGACCUUAAUUUUUGAUUUUAUUUUUUCCUUUCAUGAGAUUGUAAUGUUAUUUAUUGGCCUUCUGUAGUGGUAUGGGGGGCUUGUUGAGUUGUUUUUACUGAUGUAUUAUUAUUCUGUUUCUUUUCUCUUCAAUCUAAGAGUCAUUUCAUUUUUAUGAAUCACCAUGAAAGUUCACCACAGCAUGAAUAUCAUUCAAUUGGCAGUGAUGAAAUUGGGCUUUAAUCCACUUCAAUUUCUGGACAACUGCACGGUUCGCUGAACUCGGGAUUACGAUUCAAGGUUUUACGUUACCGAUUCGAGAAAAUGGUGCAAAAUCAGUGCUGAACGAGUGUUUCAAAGUUGAAUGUUUUAGCAGUAUAACAAACAUUUCUAAUGGUGAGUUUGACGUUGAAGUUUUCUGUGAGAUUGUUGAUUUUUAGGUUCUUCAGAUGCUGUUGCUCAGAGUUGCAGAUAUUUCUGCAUUUAAUGCACAAGACCAAUGUUUAAACAAGGCUGUACAAAGUCAUAGCAGAGCUGUUUCCAUGUUUCUCUCAGCCACUCAGUUUUGUAAACCAAUCGUUACAUCACUGUGAACAAGGUGCUCUUUAAUUUACUUUUAAUGCUUUUACUGAAAUAAAAUGUACUGCUUGUUUUUCCUUAAACUGAUCAUCCCUCAUCCAAAUUUUUUUAUUAUUAUAUUUGGCAUAUUGAAGCCAACAGCAGACACUCAUUUAAUUGAUCUAGUGCCUUUCCAAGCAAGACCUUAUAAUGUGCUAAAUUGAUCAGUGAUAUAAAGCCUUGCUAGAUGCACUUUAUUAUUAUUUAAUUUACAUUCUGCUCCUGGACAAGCUGACCUGAAUAAAAAAGGUGCACACUUUUUCAUCAAGCUUUCCAGCACUUAAUACAUUUAGUAAAUUAUUUAACAGUUCAUGCCUGGUCAGCACAGUGCAAAUAAUAUUGACACAUCUUUUAGGCCUUUGUGUAUAUCUGUACAGUUUAGAAAAAAAAACGGAUAAACUCCCUAUGGAUUAGCAAUAAUGUAGCCGAGCAUCUCUUUACUAUGCUGACCUGUUACAACGAUCAAUCCCUGAAUUCUAAACAGCACUGCUUGAAUUGCCAAAUACAGUAUCUUGAUCUCAAGAGUUGAUGCAUUUUGGCUUGUUGGGUUACUUAACUUUAUGGUCAGUUCUACGAACUUCCACAUUUUAUGGCCAUUUAACUACAUUAUUAGGCACCAGCAAUUGAUGUAGUUGAGUAACAAUGUUAAAGGUUCAUAAUUGCGAUUCUAUUUCUACACCCUCCGCAUCCUUAUAUAGUAAUUGCUAGUUGCUGCCUUUUUCUGUUUCUGUCAUGUUUUCAAAGUAGCUUAUCUCUAGCAUAUUAGAGGUCACAUACAUGCCCAUAAGAUGUGCCUGUCUACACACCUUGCUCUUUUAUUUCUGCAUGGCUGGAUCCCUGUUUGCAUGGGUCAAGACUAAGGGUGCUUUGUCAUACAGGCAAUGUGCAGACCAUGAUACUACAGAACAGCUGUAUAUUUCAGUCUGUAUCGAUUGAUAAGAGCCCCUACAUUUCUGUAUUUUUGAGACGAGGAGUCUCAUUGGACUUCAGUUCCUCAGUUGUUCAGCAAAUGUUUCAAAAGGUACUCAGUUUUGUUUUUAUUGCUGAAUUAAACUU